CCCGUCCCAUCCCCUAAUCCUCAUCUCCAUUUAAACCCCACAAAUCCCCCUUCCAUUCACCUCCCCAGUUCCAUCUCUCUCCUUAUUCUCCUUCUUCACCCCUCUUUCUCAACCAUGGUCGCUGUCUCUCGCCCUCCUCCAUCUCAAAACCUCUUCCUCUUCAAGUCCUGCAACAAGCCAGACACCUUCUUCGAUGGAAUCCCUGUUGUCGAUCUCUCCCACCCCACCGCCAAAUCCCUCAUAGUCCAGGCCUCCCAGGAAUGCGGCUUCUUCAAGCUCCUCAAUCAUGGCGUCCCAACGGAGUUGAUCACCGCUCUCGAGAAUGAAGCCCUUAGGUUCUUCGCCAGACUUCAGUCCGACAAAGACCGCGCAGGCCCUCCUGACCCUUUCGGCUAUGGAAGCAAAAGAAUUGGCUGGAACGGCGAUGUCGGUUGGAUUGAAUAUCUCCUCCUCAACUUUAAUCCCGAUGUCAUCUCCACCAACACUCUCUUCGUCGUCAGUCAAUACAGCCAUGCUUUCCGCUCUGCUUUGGAGAAAUACGUUUCGGCGGUGAGGAACUUGAGCUAUCAGGUGCUGGAAUUAAUGGCGGACGGGCUGGGGAUUGAAGAAAGGAAUGCAUUUAGCAGGCUGCUGAGGGACGAGAAGAGCGAUUCUCUGUUCAGGCUGAACCACUAUCCGCCGUGUUCCGAGCUGGAAGCAUUGAGUGGAAAGAACUUGAUUGGGUUCGGAGAACACACGGACCCACAGUUAAUUUCUGUGCUGAGAUCCAACAACACGUCGGGCCUGCAAAUUUGCCUCAGAGAUGGGACCUGGGUUUCGGUCCCAUCGGAUCACACCUCGUUUUUCAUCAAUAUUGGCGAUACCCUGCAGGUGAUGACGAACGGGAGGUUCAAGAGCGUGAAGCACAGGGUUGUGGCAGACCCGAGCAGGUCAAGGCUGUCAAUGAUCUACUUCGGAGGACCACCGUUGAGCGAAAAGAUAGUGCCUUUAGCUUCAUUGAUGGGGGAGGAAGAAGAGAGCCUGUACGAGGAAUUCACAUGGUGCGAAUACAAGAAGGCUAUGUACAAGUCAAGGCUCGGCGAUAAUAGGCUGGCCCUCCUCCAGAAAGCUGCAGGCCGAUGAGAUACGAUGGAUUCGAUCCAUGAAUGGAAGGGCCAAGAUAUAAUUUGCGUCCCAGCCGCUUCAUUUUACCAUGUUUUAGGUUUUACAAUUUUUCUUUCUUUGCAUGUUUUGUCAGAUGGGAAAACAGGGUUCAAAGAGUUGACUUGACUUGACAUAUCAGUGCUGAAAGGAAAAAACCGCUGUUUAAUAUGUUGUUUUGGAUCCUUUAUUUUCUUGGAACAACCUAGCGUCGCGAUGUAAUGACUAAUGGGGAUGGAGCCCAGGUGUAUGUGAUGGUGUAUAUCAUAUUGUUUGAAUAUUA